GUCAGUACUGGUCAAGCGGAAAACCUUCCUUGUCAAACCCUAUAAAUAACAAUACAUUUAUUAAAGUCUGCAUAUCAAAUCUGAAAAAUCGGAAGAGACUUGGAGGAGCGAGAAUCUUGGUUUGAGUUGCAUUGUGCCUUGCGCUAUAAUUGGAUAAAGAUGAAGUACCACGUUUUCCUUUUGCUCGCCUUGGUGUCUGCUGCGGUCCUGUUGGACAGUUCCGAUGCGUGGAGGAUCCGGAUACGAUUCCGACGUGUAUGGAGGACAAUUAAGUCCCCAGUAUGCAGAUGGGCAGUUUCGAAGGUGUGUAGGUAUGUCGGCUGUACAUAUGCGGGUCCAUAUGGCUGUGUAGUUGCAAAAUAUGGUUGUUCCUGGGCAAGCAAAAAAGUUUGCGGUAGAAGAAGGAGAAGAGAAUUGGUUGAGGAGACCUUGGGAGAAGGCGAUCAUCUCAUCCCAUUACCAGCUCUAUUUGAAACGUAUGAUCUGAAUGGCGACGAGAAAAUUUCUGUACAAGAGUUGGCCAUUGCUACAGGGAUGGAUGAAUUAGAAACGCUGAAUGUUGCGUUCCCAUUGUGUGACGUCGAUGGUGACGGCUUCCUGUCUCACGAGGAGUUUGUUAAUUCCCCACUCAUCUUUGAAGACCCAGAGGACAUCAAAAUGG